AAGAACCAACGAAGAAGAACAGAUCAACCUAAAAGAAGAAAACACGUCUGGUUUGGCAGAUCUUUGUUGGGUUUUUACAUGAUUAAAGUUCAUAAAAGAAAGCCGAAGUUCAGCAGCUUUGAUGGUCAAACAGCGAUCUGAUGGUGAGCCUUGCAGAAGUAACCCCCUCAGUUAGCAGGACAAAGGAAGUGUGUGUGUGCGCGCACGCACCUGUACGUGUGUGAGCAGUGACACUGCAGGGAUGGGACCGAGGAGGAAGGCUUCCAGACUCCCAUCAGUCGGGUGCAGCAGUGAAGGCAAACUGGUCCUGAGAUCUGCUGAGCCCAAAGAUUACAUCAAUGAGCUGUCUCAUGAAGUUCUCUGUCAUAUAUUCAGGUACCUUCCCAUGAAGGAUAUCAUGUGUAUGGAGUGUCUGUCUAGAAAGCUUCGAGAAGCUGUGAGUCUGUACCUACGAGUGAUCAAAGUGGUGGAUCUGUGUGCUGGUCACUGGUGGGAGUACAUGCCGCCAGGUUUUACAGAUAGAAGUUUUUUGAUUCUCAUGAAGAAGAUGCCUGAUCUGGAGCAGCUCUAUGGUCUCCACCCUCGGUCCCUGGAAAGGAGACGAGCCCGAGGUUAUGAGGCUUUCAGUAUACCUGGAGUCCUGGAGGCACUACAAGCAUGUCCCAAUCUGCUGGGCGUAGACACAUCACAUCUGGAGCUAGUGGAAGCCAUUUGGAACUAUAUGCCCCAGGUUCACAUUCUAGGAAAAUUUCGCAAUCGUAAUGGGGCCUUUCCUAUUCCUGCUGAGAACAAACUCACCAUCCCCCUAACGGCCAAGAUCCAGACCUUGCAUCUCAUAGGUGUGAAUGUCCCAGAGAUCCCCUGUGUGUCAAUGCUCAGGCAUCUAUACCUGAAGUGGGUCCGGCUCACCAAACCUCAGCCGUUUAAGGACUUUUUGUGUGUUAACCUGAGAACCUUUGUCAUGAGGAACUGUGCAGGGCCUACAAACUCCCUCAAAUAUGUCCCGCUAGUUACGGGUUUGGCAGCAGCACGGAAUUUAGAGCAGCUGGAGCUGGUAAGAGUUCCUUUCCUUGGAGGUCUGAUCCAACAUGUUGUGGAGGACAGCUGGAGGUCAGGAGGAUUUCGGAACCUCCAUACCAUUGUGUUUGGAGCUUGCAAGAAUGCUUUGGAAGUGGAUUUGGGUUAUCUCAUCAUCACUGCUGCUCGCAGGCUUCAUGAACUGCGUAUCCAGCCUUCACUGACUAAAGACGGUGUCUUCUCAGCUCUGAAAAUGGCUGAACUUGAGUUUCCUCAGUUUGAGACACUUCAACUGGGAUAUGUAGAUGAGUUCCUUCUGCAAUGUAAGAUGGGUCAUUCGGAACUUGUGAAGUACGGUUUGGCUGAUGUCAUUGAGAACCCCGGCAUCAUUACUGACAUUGGCAUAAAAGUGGUGAAUGAAGUGUUCACUAAUAUUAAGUAUCUGCUCAUCUACAACUGUCCUCACCUUCAUAAUCCUCACCACUGGAUCACAGACCAGUCCAGAUGGAGCCGUCUCGUUGAUCUCACGCUAGUUCGGUGUCAUGCCAUCAAACUUGAAUCUUUUUCCCAUUUCAUAGAGCUGCUACCUUGUCUAGAGUUUAUCUGUCUGGACCAAAUGUUCAGAGAGCCACCUAAGGGUUGUGCCAGAGUGGGUCUGAGUGCAGGCACUGGUAUUGGUGUGUCCUCUGCACUGGUCAGCAACCAGAAUGCCAACAAUGAAAACAACCAGCACCAUCACCCCAAUGAGGCCAACAUACCUCCCGCUCCUCCACCUAUGAACAUCAACCAAGGGCAGCAGCAGCAAAAUGAACCAAUGGAAAUAAAUGGGAUGGAGGUAGAGGAUGAAGAUGAUGAAGAUGAGGUUGUCUAUGAAGAAGAGAAAAUGGAGGCUGAGCCUCAAAUAAACCUGAAAGAAGCUGAAAGUAAAAUAGGGAUGGAAAACACGGCUGGGUCCAGUCAUCAAGCUGGAGUAUCACAACAUCCUGAUGAAGAACAAGCAGGUCCCAGUGGUUUAAGCAAGCAGUCCAGACCAGAAGGUGCUACAGCUCCCAAACCACCACUAGUCAUCUCAGAUUCUGAUAGUGAAGAGGAGGAAGGCCUUGUUUCAAGACUAAUGCCACCUUCCUCUUUCCAGCAUCCAACUUCUUGUUCAGAAGGUAAAGGAAAAACCCCUCUGCGGCGAAACAACAUGGUUCUGUCUGGUCGGACGAAGCCUCAGAUGUCGCACAGCAGUUGUGAGAAGAGCUGUCAGGUGACUAGUGAACAGAUUAAGGCCGACAUCAAGGCUGCAACUGAAAACAACAGGGCUACUAACAGUAAAGAACCCCCGCCAGGGACUGGAGAGUCCUCUGCAGGACCAGGACCCGACUGUGGAAAGGUUCAAGGCACCAGCAGCACUGAGGCGGGAUCUCGCACCAAAGACAAGCCCAGUGUGUCUGCCACCAGGGGGCGACCUCCCGCAGGUUCCUCAGGCCACGUGGGGGGGUGUAGGAGAGUCGUCAAUGGGAGUAUGCCCACUGUACCCCCUGAUAGAGCUGCUGGAGUAAUCAGGACUGAUGAAAACCCAUCAAAAGCACGAAAUAGGAAUAGUUUUUUUAAUGAGUCUGGGGACAGGAGUAGCCCUGGUCCUUCCAGCGUGGACAGUCAGGCGUCUAGGUGUCCUGCUCUUGGGACAGCAGGACAGGAUAGACAUGGAGAAAGACAACCUGACACUACAGGGACUUUUGUAAAUGGUUCACAACAGAAUCACAGUCAUGGCUUUAUUCCCAGGCGUCCUUUGACACGAUCCUGCACCCGCAUGUCUUCUGCACCUUUAAUACCUGAAACAGAUCUUUCUAGAGUGAGGCCUCGAGUAGCAGUAAGGAGGAAACGAAUGGCUGACAAAUCCACCAGCACCUCAGACCCUGUCACUGAGGAUGACCAUGUUCAGAUUUUAACCUUGAAGAGUAAGAAUCUGGUGGGCAUCACUCUGACCAACUGUGGAAUUACUGAUCUGGUCCUCAAAGAUUGUCCCAAAAUGAUGUUCAUUCAUGCCACUAGAUGUCGAGUGUUAAAGCAGCUGCGAAUAGAAAGAGCACCCAUCAUUAACAGGUUUGACUUUGCUCAGUGUAAGAAGCUUGACAUGGAACAAGUUCUGGAUCAGAUACUUAGGAUGCCUCCUGAGAGAAACCGUAUCAUCUACAUGCGUCCGAUGCACCAGAUUGACUCUGUGGCGUUGGAGCGACAGCUGUUCCAGGGACCAUAUCCGUAUCAUAUUGCUAUAGUGCAUGAGUUCAGCAAUCCUCCGAACAUCCGUAACAAGGUUCGCAUUCGCAGCUGGAUGGACACCAUAGCAAACAUCAGCCAAGAGUUAAUCAAGUAUGAGUUCUUCCCCGAAACCACAAGAACAGAAGAUGAUGUCAAGAAAUAUCACAAAUAUCCAUGGGGCCGGGACAUCUAUACACUGGAAGGAGUGGUGGAUUGUGCUCCGUACAGCAUGAUAACAGAUUUCCCCUGGCUGAGGACUCUGAGAGCAGCUGAUCCUAAUAGCUACGCCCGCUGUGACUUUGAGGAUGAUGAAAACACCACCAUCUAUGCCCCGCGGCGUAAAGGUCAGCUGUCUGCUGACAUCUGCAUGGAGACGAUUGGUGAGGAGAUCUCUGAGCGCAGACAGAACAAACGAGGGGUGUUUCAGAGAGUGGUGGUCCUCUUCCUUCAUCAGUGUGACACCCCUGGAGAGCCUGUGGAUGACGACUACAUCUGAACACUUCUGCCAGUCUCAUCAACACACGUUUCCUCUAAACUCGUGAAAUGGAUCUGGCAAUAAGAUAAACUGAUUGUUUAUUUGCUGCUGAAGCUACAGUUCGUCAUCCUCAUAAGAUUAAAUUUGUUUAAUAAAGUAAGAAUACAUUUCUCCAAUGACUCUGGGAUGCAGGUAACCUCCUGUAGUUCUGAAGUGGAUGUUGAAAAACAUUUUGUCAGUACAGUUUUCUGAUCAUUAAAACACUGAAAUGUUUCAAUCAUUGGUUGAUUUU